GGGCCACCCUGCCAGCUCGCCUCGCCUCGCCCCGCCGCGUCAGGCCGCGUCUCCUCAGUUCUUCACGGGCUGCGGCGGCGGCGGCGGCGGCGCCGCUACAACUUUUGACAUUUUGGCGGCGGAGGAGCGCGCCGGCACUGCGGGACCGACGGCUGUGGCAGCGGCCGACCUUCGAGGGCCCCUCAGCCGCACCGGCGCUCCCGCCGCCCAGGGUCGGGCGGCCACGAGGUCCCGCCGCGUCGUCCCGCGUCGCCCCGCCGGGCGGCUGCAGCCAUGUCGCGGGGGCCGGAGGAGGUGAACCGGCUCACGGAGAACACCUACCGGAAUGUUAUGGAACAGUUCAAUCCUGGGCUACGAAAUUUAAUAAACCUAGGAAAAAAUUAUGAAAAAGCUGUUAAUGCUAUGAUCCUUGCGGGAAAAGCCUACUACGAUGGAGUGGCCAAGAUUGGUGAGAUUGCCACCGGGUCCCCUGUGUCAACAGAGCUGGGCCAAGUUCUCAUAGAGAUUUCAAGUACCCACAAGAAACUCAAUGAGAGUCUUGAUGAAAAUUUCAAAAAAUUCCAUAAAGAGAUUAUACAUGAGCUGGAGAAGAAGACAGAACUUGAUGUAAAAUACAUGAAUGCAACUCUUAAAAGAUACCAAACAGAACACAGGAAUAAAUUAGAUUCUUUGGAGAAAUCUCAAGCAGAGUUGAAGAAGAUCAGAAGGAAAAGUCAAGGAGGACGAAAUGCGCUCAAAUAUGAACACAAAGAAAUUGAGUAUGUAGAAACCGUUACUUCUCGCCAGAGCGACAUCCAGAAAUUUAUUGCAGAUGGGUGCAAAGAAGCUCUGCUUGAAGAGAAAAGGCGCUUCUGCUUUCUGGUUGACAAACACUGUAGCUUUGCAAAUCACUUACAUUAUUAUCAUUUACAGUCUGCAGAAUUACUCAAUUCCAAACUGCCUAGGUGGCAGGAGACCUGUGGGGAUGCUACCAAAGUACCUGAGAAAAUCAUGAAUAUGAUAGAAGAAAUUAAGACCCCAGUCUCUACCCCAGUGUCCGGAACACCUCAGCCUUCACCAAUGAUCGAGAGAAGCAACAUGGUUGGGAAAGAUUAUGACACCCUUUCUAAAUAUUCACCAAAGGUGCCCCCAGCUCCUUCAGCCAGAGCGUAUACCAGUCCUUUGAUUGAUAUGUUUAAUAACCCAACAGCAGUUGCACAGAAUUCAGAAAGGAUCAAGAAUUCAACAGUUUUAACAGAUUCUUCAGAUGAUCCCAGUUUACAGCGAUCGGUUUCUGUCGCAACCGGACUGAACAUGAUGAAGAAGCAGAAGGUGAAAACCAUCUUCCCACACACCGCAGGCGCGAACCAGAGCUUGCUCAGCUUCGCCCAGGGAGAUGUCCUCACGCUGCUCGUCCCCGAGGAGAAAGACGGCUGGCUUUAUGGGGAGCACGACACCACUAAAGCGAGGGGUUGGUUCCCGGCAUCUUACACGAAGUUGCUGGAAGAAGAUGCAAAGGAGGCCAUGAGUGUGCCCACACCAAGCCCAGCGCCAGUGAGAAGCAUCAGCACCGUGAACUUAUCCGAGAAAAGCAGCGUGGUCAUCCCCCCGCCAGAUUACUUGCAAUGUCUGUCCUUGGAAGCGGCUGCAGAUAAGAGAGCAGACAUUUCCAAAAGUAUUUCUACCUUUAAAGCACCGGUGUCCAAACCAGAAAGCACCUCUCCUAACGACGCAAAUGGGACAGCAAAGCCUCCUUUUCUCAGCGGAGAAAACCCCUUCGCGACGGUGAAACUCCGGCCGACGGUGACAAACGAUCGCUCUGCACCGAUCAUUCGAUGAAGAGCAGGCCGGGAGCUCCAGUCCCUCCGACGUUAAGUUCUCACUUGCAAAAUGAUUUGUUGUUUGGUGUGCGCUUAACUGUUGCAAAGCUUCGCCAAAGGGUGCCUGAUUUUAAAUGUAUUCCACUUGAGCAAAUCGACGCAUUUUCUCAAUUUAACAUAGUUGGGUUGAUACAUUUGUCUUUAAUAAUAGUCUAGUGACCCACUCAAAUCAGUGAAAAUAUUUUCUUCCCAUUCUGUCAGAAGACCAUAAAUUUGGUUCCAAUCCUUAC